ACAAGUGUGUAUACACUGUUCGUUCUGUUUAGCACGUGGAAAAAAACAACGCGCUCGAGUUUUAAGUGCAACAAUUUUCAUUUCUAUCAAGGCAUAUUAAAGGCCUUAAUAUGUCGAGUCUGUACGUACUCUAUGAGCAUGCGGCAGGUUUCGCACUUUUCUCCGUCAAGGAGUUCGAGGAGGUUUCCAUGUUUCUACCUCAAGUGGAGUCUUCUGUGACGGAUAUCGCCAAAUUUAAUUCCAUUGUGAAACUGGCUGGCUUUUCGCCCUUCAAAUCGGCUAUAGCUGCUCUUGAGAACAUCAAUGCCAUAUCCGAGGGAAUUGUGCCUCAAGAUCUACUCCAUUUUCUCGACGAUUUCUUUGCCAAGCUUAAGAAGAAGAAGUGCACCCUUGGAAUUGCAGAUGCCAAGCUAGGCGCAGCAAUUACCGAAGCUGUGGGCGUCCAAUGCAGUCACUUUGGUGUAGUUCCCGAAAUACUUCGUGGUGUUCGAUUCCACUUUGCAAAAUUAGUCAAGGGUUUUACUGACAAGUCCGCUGGCGUGGCACAACUUGGUCUGGGACACAGCUAUUCGCGUGCCAAAGUCAAGUUCAACGUGCACCGAUCGGACAACAUGAUUAUUCAAUCGAUUGCGCUUCUUGAUCAGCUGGAUAAGGAUGUCAACACGUUUUCGAUGCGGAUACGCGAGUGGUACUCGUAUCACUUCCCAGAACUGGUCAAAAUUGUUCCUGACAAUUAUAUGUUCGCAAAGGCAGCGAAGUUCAUCAAGGACCGUAAAGACCUCACCCAAGAUAAGCUUGAGGAGCUGGAGCAAAUUGUUAUGGACUCGUCCAAGGCUCAAGCUAUCAUAGAUGCGGGCAAGAUGUCCAUGGGCAUGGACAUUUCCAUUGUGGAUCUUAUGAACAUUGAGCUGUUCGCUGAGCGUGUCGUCAAGCUUUCCGAGUACCGCAAAAGACUCUCCACAUACUUGCACAACAAAAUGAACUUGGUGGCGCCGAACCUUCAGUCACUUAUUGGGGAUCAAGUCGGGGCUCGACUAAUCUCGCACGCCGGCAGCCUUACCAAUUUGGCCAAGUAUCCGGCAUCGACAGUUCAAAUUUUGGGUGCCGAGAAAGCUCUGUUCCGAGCACUCAAAACUCGUUCCAAUACACCCAAGUAUGGACUUAUCUAUCAUUCAUCGUUUAUCGGAAGAGCUGGUCUUAAGAACAAGGGUCGUAUAUCACGUUUCCUGGCCAACAAGUGCUCGAUUGCGUCUCGCAUUGAUUGCUUUUUGGAACAGCCAACCAGCGUAUUUGGUGAAACGUUGAAGCAGCAGGUGGAAGAUCGCCUCAAGUUUUACGAAUCGGGCGACGUGCCACGCAAGAACAUUGAGGUCAUGAAGGAGGCCAUCGAGGCAGCUGGACAGGAAGCCAAUAAUACGCCACAGUCAGAGAAGAAGAAAAAGAAGCGUAAGGAGACAACAAAUGGCACUAGCAAUGGCAAUGGCAAAGUUCUUGACGAGGAGAAUGGCGAUGCUGAGGCUGAUGAAGAGCCUAAGAAGAAGAAAAAGAAGAAGAACAAGAACAAGGUGGCUGUGGAGGUGUAGUGACACACAUACAUAUCAGAUGUAUGUAUGUAUCUCUAUAUAUUUCCACUACGUUAGUUCUAAGUUCAGAAUUGAUUACAAUUUAUUUCUUCUGUAUUUCAUGGUUUCCCCAAUCCCCAAACUUAAUAAACAAAACUACUUUUGUAAUAAGAUAGA